GACGUCAGAUGACUUCACGACCAUGCGGAGCAAGCUAGAAAAAUAUAGUGAUUUGUGAAACAUCUGUGAAAUUACAAUCUGUGACAUCGAGACAAAUAUAAUCAUUUUUAUUCAUUCUUUUGUGAUUGUUGUGGAUACUUUUACUUGGAGGCGAUAAUCCCCAACACUUGGCACCUUCCGACGGGAUUUUAGAGCUUGGUGAGUACACUUAAACAGCGAAUUUUGGGACUAUUUAUCGUUCGUCUAAUUCGAACUCGAACAUAAACAUUCGCCUUCGGGGCGAAAUUUGUCGACUAUGGAGGUCGCUGAAGAGAAAUUAAAGACAAAACUCGCUCAAUUAAACUUAACAGCGAAUAGAACAGCGUCUAUUGUGGAAAAGGGGCAUGUGGAAGCGAUAGAAAGGCAUAAAAAUACACUGAGAACUGUGAUAAAUGAAAUAGAUCAAUUGCGUAUUGAAAUCGAAGCGUACAAAAUAUCAGGGAAAACUGGGGACGAAGAAUUAGAUGCGUGGAAUGAGAAUAUUGAUACGCAUAUUGCAAAGGGUGAUCAAAGCGUAGAAACCUUGAAAGAUUGGCUAAAUAAUCGAAAGACAGAGCGUAAAACACACGAGAGAGAAGAGCAGAUCCAAUUCGAGGUCAAGUUGCAAGAGACCAAAGCUAUGUUCAAGUCAAAACCUGAGAGAAAUCAAGACAGUUCUCCCCAAUCUCAUAGCGAAGCAACAAAUGUUCAAGCGAAACUACCUAAAUUAGUCAUCACUAAAUUUAACGGGUCAUUUACUGAUUGGAACAGAUUCUGGGGUCAAUUUACGGAGUCAAUUGACAAAUCCAGUUUGCCAGCGAUUACUAAAUUCUCAUACUUGAGGGAACUGUUAGAAGACAAAGUGAGAAAAACUGUAGAAGCGCUGCCAUACUCAGCAGAGGGUUAUGAUAGAGCGGUAGCCAUCCUUAAAGAGAAGUACGGGAAGGAACGGGAGAUUGUUAAAGCUUAUGUGAAGGAAAUAUUAGAGCUUCCCCCAGUUCACACAGCCAAUGCAAGGAAGAUUCAUGAGUUCUGUGAGAAACUAACAUACAAUGUGCAAUCACUCCAGACCAUGAAUAAACUUUCUCAAGUAGAUGGAGCAGUGGCAAUGACUUUAGAUAAAUUACCAGCUAUCAGAGGAGAUCUCGUUCGCACAGACCAAGACUGGGAAAAUUGGGAUUUUGUACAACUUACAGAGGCCCUUCGACUGUGGGCAAGAAGAAACCCGAUCACUGAGAACUCCAACUCCGAAGACAAGGAUCGAAGACGAGACAGAAUGGGUCGGACUUACCACACUCGCCAAGGGACUGGGGCACAACGUGUGUGUGUAUAUUGCAAUGCUACUGAUCAUAAAUCAACAAGCUGCCCAACAGUUAAAACAUCAGAGGAGCGCAGAAAAAUACUAGCAAGUAAAAAACUGUGUUUCAACUGUACUGGAGCCUCCCACCGAGCAGCGGAAUGCAAAAGUACUGUGACCUGUCACGACUGUGGUAGACGACAUCACACCUCAAUCUGUGAAAAUCCAAAGAAACCUGAGGGGUUCAUGUCAGCCCAUAGAGCAGAAGACAACCAAGUUAUUUAUCCAGUGGUGGUCAUUGAAGUUGAUGGUAUAAAAACAAGAGCUCUACUUGACACCGGCUCAGGGAGUUGCUAUGCCUCAGCCAAACUUAUAGAUGCUUUGAACAAGAAACCGAGGGAGAUCCAAACAAAACGGAUUGAAAUGAUGCUGGGAUCAACAACAACCAGAGUUGAAAUCUACCCUGCAACUAUCAAAGGAGCUGAUUGUCAAUUCACAAUGGAAGUCGAACUAUCCAAGGUCCAUAAGCCACAACUGAUGGAAAUUGAUAAUCCUCGGUAUGAAGAGUUGUUAAGCAAGUACAGCCAUUUGAAGGGAGUAAGAAUAGAUGAUCCUGAUGACAAACCACACCUUCCAAUACAUGUAGUUCUCGGAGUUAAUGAGUAUGCCAGCAUCAAGACAACAACUGCACCGCGAGUUGGGAAACCUGGGCAACCCAUUGCUGAACGUACUCGCUUGGGUUGGGUGCUAAUGUCGCCUGGUAGGGAAGAUGUGACCAGUCCCCUUCUGCUAACCCGAUCAGUCAGUACAGACUAUGAGCAGCUGUGCUCUUUGGAUGUGCUAGGACUUGCUGACAAGCCAGAGAAUGACCAAGGAACUGUAUAUCAGGAAUUCAAGGAGCAACUACAACGAAACGAGGCUGGUUGGUAUGAAACAGCGUUGCCUUGGAAGGCCAACCAUCCGGAACUACCAACAAAUGAAGUAGGCAGUCAGAGAAGGUUACGGCAACUUGUCAAACGGCUUGAGCGAGAGGGGAAUUAUGACGAGUACCACAGCAUCCUUCAAGAACAGCUCGAAAGCGGAGUGAUUGAAAGAGCACCCACAGUACCCAAAGGCAAAGAAUACUACAUCCCACAUAAAGGAGUGUCCAAGAAAGAGGCAGAAAGUACAAAGUUGCGGGUGGUCUAUGAUGCAUCUGCACGAGAAGAUGUGAAGCAUCCCUCCUUAAACGACUGCUUGAAUCCAGGACCAUCACUUCAAAACAUGCUAUGGAACAUCCUGAUAAGAUCACGUUUCCACCCGAUCCUGUUGACAGGGGACCUCCAGAAAGCGUUUUUGCAGAUUAGAAUAAAGGAGGAAGAGAGAGAUUCAUUGAGGUUCCAUUGGACACCACCUGGCUGUACCGAAACCCAAGUAUACCGUUUCACAAGAGCCUUGUUUGGGCUAACUUCAUCGCCUUUUCUUCUCGCGGGAGUCCUCGACCAACAUUUAGAACUGUGGGAACGCCAGUACCCUGAAAUCGUUAAAGAGAUUCGCGAAGGGCUGUACGUGGACGACCUAAUGGUUGGCGGUGCAUCAAUUGACAUUGUGCAAGAAAAGAAAGACACGUCCAUCGAAGUUUUCCAAGACGCCUCUUUUACGCUUCAUAAAUGGCACUCAAAUGCCAGAGAACUUGAAGCCAGCGGUAGUUCAGCAGCAGACGAUGAAUUGACCUAUGCUAAGCAGCAGUUAGGGACGAGCCGACCGGGCACAAAGCUUUUAGGACUACCUUGGGACAAGGAUAAAGACACCCUGAAGGUUGGGCUGCACAAAGAUGAAACUAUCACCACAAAACGAGGCGCUCUUUCUCAACUAGCAAAGAUCUAUGACCCCCUCGGUCUGGCCUCGCCAACGACCCUGCAAGGGAAAUUUAUUUACCGUGAGAUGUGUGAAAGCAACAUAGCCUGGGACGGUGAACUCCCAGCAGAGCUGAGAAAACAAUGGAUCGACUGGGUUUCCAAACUUCCUAGAUACGUUGAAGUUGAGCGAACUCUGGCACCACAUCAUCAACCAAUCUUAGAAAUCGUAUUGCACGCAUUUGGAGAUGCUAGCAUAAAAGGGGUUAGCGCUGUUGUCUACGCGGUCGUCCGACAGGAGAAUGGGACAUCGCAAGGACUCGUCUGCUCAAAGUCUCGGUUAGCAAAGCGAAAUUUAACCAUUCCCCGGCUUGAGUUAGUGGCCGGUCACAUGGCGAUCAAUCUGGUGACUAACGUCCGGUUAGCUAUCAAUCUAUUCCCAGUGUCAGUACACUGUUGGCUUGACUCGACUGUGGCACUCUUCUGGAUUCACGGGCACGGGGAGUACCGGCAGUUCGUUGCGAACAGGGUGCGCAAAAUACAGGAGCAUCAGGAGGUCAAGUGGCAUUACGUGCCGACCAGUGAGAACCCCGCGGAUCUGGGUAGCCGUGGCGGAAGUGUCGAACAUAAUCAACUAUGGAACCAUGGCCCGAGUUGGUUGAGCGAAGAAACUAGUUGGCCAUCGGACAAGAUCUUAGAGCCCAACGAGGAAUCUAACGCUGAGUUAAAGGUGACUCGAAGCAUCUUCGCAAUGACAACUCACGUCCGUGAUGACUUCGACCGACUACUUGAUGCUUACGAAGUUCACAAGAUUCUGCGAAUUUGUGCAUGGAUUCGGCGAUUUAUCCGGAACUGCAGGACGAAAGCAGGGGUUCGGCAAGACGGCCCACUAGUCGCAAGUGAGAUUGAACAACAGAGACUUUGGUGGAUUAAACGAGCACAACUAGAAUGUCAAGGAAGAGCCAGUUUCAAGGAAGAGCAGCUACAACUGAAUCUGCAGCUAAACAACGAAAAUAUCCUUGAAUGUAGAGGGCGAAUUGAAGGAGAGUUUCCAAUCUACCUGCCAGACAGUCAUCCCUUUACGAACGGAAUUGUACGACAAGCACACCUAUUGACUUUACAUGGGGGUGUGUCCCUGACAAUGGCAAAGGUACGCGACGACUAUUGGAUUCCCAGAUUGCGCCGUUUGGUCAAGAAAGUGAGGAGUGCCUGCUGGGGUUGUAAGAGAUUUAGAGCACAAGCAUAUCAGGCGCCACCCCCAGGAAACCUUCCAAGCACACGGACACAAGGGUCUGCGCCAUUCCAAGUAAUUGGCGUAGACUUCGCUGGCCCGAUUUACUAUCAAUCAAAACCUGGAACUGAAAACAAGGCAUAUCUAGCGCUGUUUGGUUGCAGCCUGACACGGGCCGUGUAUCUAGAUUUAUUGAAGUCAAUGGAAGCACCUGAGUUCAUACUGAGCCUGAAACGGUUUAUCGCACGUCGAGGCAGGCCAAAGCUUAUCUACUCGGACAAUGCUUUGACCUUUAAGGCGACCAAGAAAUGGCUCCGAUGUGUACAGAAAGAUGAACGUCUCAAUGAUUACCUGGCUGACCUUUCCAUCAAGUGGCAGUUUAACUUGAGCCGUGCCCCUUGGUGGGGAGGUCAAUUUGAACGCUUAGUCGGCCUGUUUAAGAGUGCCUUUUACAAGAGUAUCGGAAAUCGGACAUUAAGAUGGAAUGAGCUUGAGGAAGUUGUGAUUGAUGUGGAGGUCUGUCUUAACAAUAGGCCUCUGAGCUAUGUGGAGGACGAUGUUGAACUCCCACUACUAACCCCUAACACGAUGCUGACGAUUAACCCUAACCACGCACCUGAAUUAAAGGCGCACCACAUGGACGAAGCAGAUUUACGGAAACGAGCUAAGCAUAUUAAGAGAUGCAAAGAAGCCUUGUGGAAUCGCUGGACGAGAGAGUAUAUAAGAAGCCUACGCGAGCAGCAUCGUCGUGCUGGAGGAGAACAAACCCCAUACCCAACCGUUGGUGAAGUGGUUAUUAUAAAGGGUGAAUCGAAAAACCGGAAUAUGUGGAAACUUGGUAUCGUCACUGAAUUGAUAAAGGGAAGAGAUGGAAUAACGAGAGCAGCAAAAUUAAAGGUUGGGACAGGAAACCUGGAACGUGCCCUUCAACACCUAUGCCCUCUCGAACUGUCCUGUGAUUGGCAACAACCACCUCGACUUAACGCAAGUGCGCCUGCGUUUCAACCACGACCAAAAAGAGACGCGGCAGCUGCGGCGGAAUUGCGUAUUCGACAAACGGCGGAAGAAGACAAAGAAGAAUAA